UUACCAACUUUUUUGGUAACUGGCUUGUAAAAAUAACAGCACGAUUUAUACAUUGUCCCAAAUAUCAGGGUAUUUGGAGAGAUUAAAAUAACAAACUCGUAAUUUUUAGUACUUCUGCUUUGCAUACAAUAAUUGCAUAUCUGCGAUGCAAAGACAUCACCAGGUACUGGGUAUCUUCCCUGGUGAUGCUCUGCCAGGCCUGCAUUACAGCCAUCUUCAUUUUUUGUUUUUGUUUCUUGUUUCAUACUUGUUUGGGUGAGUUUCUACUAAUCAUGUCAUCAGCAAGUGAAAGUCAUGCUGAAUUGGAUUCAGACUGGGUGAUUAACAUGAGGAAAUACUACCCAACUACAGACAAAAUCCGAAGAUCACCCAGUGCUAAACUGCAAUUCCACUGGUUGCCUGCCUGUUGUUUGCUGUGCCAGACAUGACCACCUACAUCUCUCUGUUCCUCUCAGCCAUCAUGCUCUUCAUCAUCUCCUUCUACACGUUUCAUCAAAGGCUCCUGGUUCUGACUCGGAUAGCAGUGGCUCAUCUGCUGAGACCCAGGAACCUAACCAUCCUGCUUUGGCACUGGCCUUUCGGCGUCUCCUACAGCCUUGGGGGAGAUGUGUGCGCCACUGAAUACGGUAUCCCGGGCUGCUUCCUCAGCGACAACGCCUCCCUGUUCCACCACGCAGACGCGGUGGUCUUCCACCACCACGAGCUACGGACCAGCCGCUCCUACCUGCCUCUCCACCUCCCUCGGCCAGCCUCGCAGCGCUGGAUCUGGCUGUCCCUGGAGCCUCCAGUGAACAACGGCAACCUAAGCCGCUACAACGGACUGUUCAACUGGACCAUGACCUACCACCGCCAAGCAGACGUGCCUAUCCCCUACGGGAAGUUAGUUCCACUUCCUCCGAACAGCAGCAGCUUUAUGAUCCCCAAGAAAGGGGAUUGUCUGGUCAGCUGGGUGGUCAGCAACUACCAGCCUGACCAUGAAAGGAGUCAGGUCUACCAGGGCCUGAGAAAGUACAUUCCCAUACAGGUUUAUGGACGCUGGCCGAGGAGGCCACUGUCCGAGCAGAGCCUGUUACGCACCAUCGGCCGCUGUCACUUCUACCUGGCCUUCGAGAACUCUGUGGCUCCGGACUACAUCACCGAGAAGUUGUGGAGGAACGCCUACGAAGCGGGCGCGGUGCCGGUGGUCCUGGGGCCGUCUCGGGCUGACUAUGAGGCCCUGGUGGCGCCAGGUUCUUUCAUCCAUGUCAACGACUUCAACAGCACUCAGGAGCUGGCUGUCUUCCUGAAGCAGCUGGCGACCGACAGAAGGAGCUACGAGAAUUACUUUAAGUGGCGUCAGACGCACAAGGUAAAAAGGUACACGGACUGGAGAGAGCGGCUUUGUAGUAUCUGUGUCAGCUAUUACAGGCUACCAUCUAACAAGGUAUACUACGAUCUGGACGCAUGGGCCUAUAGUUAAUAAUAGAACUAUAAUCCAUCAUAGAUGGUUUUACCGCUAAAGGUUGUUCGGUACCAAAAUACAUAGCAGACUUUUUCCAUUCCUUUUGUUGAUGCAAAAUGACUGCACAUGUGUAAACUAAAUUUAGAGUAUUUCACUUUCACAUCCACAACUGCCAUAUAAUUUAUGCUUUUCGGUCCCUGACAAAGAAACAUUAAUUAAAGGGAAUUUUUUUUUGGUUAUAUACAAUUUCUUAUCACUCGAAUGCUAGGAGCUCCCUAAGUAUGGCUUCAUAAAUUGAACCAUUUCUAUGAAAUGAAAGCAUUUACUGGCACAUGCACAAUGGCAUUUCCUGGCAAACAACCACAAUCGAGCUCACAGGCCCUACCAAAUGGAGUCGCCAGAACGUACAGAGGCAAGACAACCCUUUGCCACAUUCACCUAUCCACCCUAGGCAAUAAUGAGACAACCGAAGCUACUUUGAUCAGUACCCCAAAGCACAUGGGUUUGCUGCAUAAAGGAUUGGAAGUCCAAGCUUUCAUAAUGCACUCUCAGAGGUGACUUGAGUUGCUGGAAACACAGCGUCCCACAGAAUGGUUAUUGGGUUAACACCCUUGUCUCUUCAUGAGUGUUGUGGAAAUUCUGAAACCUGAUGCAUUCUAACUGUUUAAAGGACUGAGUCCCAUGAGUUACUAGUUAAAGAUGCCGAGAGGGAUCUGGUAUUUGUCCUAGGGGGACAUCCUUGACCUCAGGAGUUUCCUCAGGAGUUGAGAAGGAUAAGGUGGGGGGACAGCCGCCCUUUGGGUAAAUGUUACACAAGACAGA